UGGUUUUUACUUCAAUGGCAGCCCAGUCAGCUGUUAUUUGGCCUCACAAUUAUUUUGUUGACAUUUCCGAUUUAGAUUUUUCUACACAUCUGUUCAAUUUUUCAAAACACUUUGUGAACGAAAUAAAAAUUAACAACAAAACGUUUAUCACAACAAGUAAACCACAAUACGGCGAGUUAAAAUAUAUACUCUGCAAUGAAUCACCUGAUUUUGUGUCGCGUGCCCGUUGAUAAAUUUAUUUGCUAUAACGCCCUCACGUUUUGUGCCAGCGAUCACUGACCGACUGCGACAGAUUAAUUACACAACAAACAAUAAAUAAAACUGCGUCAAAUAAGUUAGCAUAAACUAAAAAUAAACUGUAAACAUUUGUACAUGUGCUAAUCAGAACGAGAGAAGGCAACACUUGGCGUUCAAGUUCGUCGCAUUGACCCCAAGUGACGUAUAGCGUAUUGGGAAGCGAAGAAAGAAGAAGCAACCUACAGAAGCCGGCUAACGCUUGUUUUUGGAAAAGGCAACAUUGCUUAAAAUGCUACCGGGGCGGCAGAUACCUCAACCCAUUGCACAAGAGAAUCCAUUAUGGGUAUCGUGGCACGAUACGCAGAUGAUGGCGUCACUUAGCCCUGCCACAGUUAUGGAUUACUUUUGUCGCAAAUCCAACCCGUUCUACGACCGGGUCUGUAACAAUGAAACGAUUCGUAUGCAGCGUUUGAGUCUAGAGCAUCUCAACAAUAUGGUUGGUGUUGAGUAUAUCCUACUGCAUGUGGCUGAACCUAUAUUAUAUGUUAUUAGGAAGCAACAUCGUCAUAGUCCAACAGAGGCGACACCAAUGGCGGAUUAUUAUAUUAUUGGUGGCAUGGUGUAUAAAGCACCAGAUCUGGCUAGUGUCAUCAAUUCAAGAAUCCUUGCCACAGUUACAAAUUUGCAAUCAGCUUUUGAAGAAGCUAGCAGCUAUUCAAGAUAUCAUCCAAAUAAGGGAUACACAUGGGAUUUUGUUUCAAAUAAAGCACUUUCAGACAAGUCGAAAGCUAACAAGAAAGAUGCAUCGUCUAAUAAAGAUGAUAGUGGAACAAUAUUCCAAAAGCAACGAGUUGAUAUGCUGCUAGCUGAACUGUUGCGUAAAUUUCCCCCUCCGAUACCCCCAGUUAUACAUCAACAACAAAUUCAAAAUCAACAACAAUUGCAACAAUCACAAAUGCAAAAUGCUGCGCAAGAAGGCACUGCAAUUGAUGCAAAUAAUGUUGCUAACACUGCUGCUAGCUCGAAUAACGGUAUCGUACCCUCAGAGGCAAGUCCUUCUGCCAAUGCGGUACCUGGUGGAAUUGAGCCAAAGGUCGAGGGAAUCGAUAUGAAGCCACCACCAGAGAAGAAAAUAAAAAUGGCUGGAAUUAGAUGACCAUAAUUCGGUAUAUGAACGUCGAUUUCCGAACCAAAUACGCAAGUCAUUUAUUGCAUAAUAAAUGUAUUCAUAUGCUUUUCGUGCUAAGC